UUCAGUCACUUCUCUUUGUAUAGGUCUGUUUGUUUACGGAAGUUUUCUCGUAGUUAGAUAUUGUGGAUGGUGAAUUUUUUGGAUUAAUUUUCUCAAAAUUAGAAGUAUUUUUUUUAGAAAAGAGUGAAAAUGGUUAGUGAGCAAAUAGUGAAAGCGGAAGAGGGAGAAAAUGAAGAAUCUCCUUCGCCAAGUUCAAAGUUUGACGUACUUGACAUGCCUUCAAAAAAAGCUGACGUCUCAAACUUUGACAUUUUUUGUCUUUUGAUGUCCAUUGUUACACAUAUUAUUGAUCUGGCUUUUGAUAUUAAUGUCGCGUGUCAUUAUCUGAGUUACGGGGAAUAUUCGCAUUUGACGAUUACUCUUCUUGUUAUUUUGAUUCCGAGUUUCAUCAACAAUGCUGUCAGCUUCAGGAUGCGUCAACAAGAUCGAGAGAUGCUUCCAGAUACCGCUCCGACUGAAGAAAAACAAAGCUGGACUUUUGUUCGCAUAUCGCGAAAUUUUCUAUCAAUAAUAUUGCAAGUCGCUCCAUUGAGGCGUUAUUGGAUUAGCUUGAGUUACGCAAUAAAAUCUCGAAAGUGCAAAAAAAUUGAGGACACUGCUGGGCAGAGGCAAUAUUAUUUGAAAAUGGUGAAGGAAAAUCAGGACAUUGCACUCAUUACAGUAUUUGAAUGCUUUAUGGAAACAGCUCCUCAACAGAUAGUACAAUUGACGAUUCUUCUCACCACUUACAACGGAAAAUUUUCCUAUACAUUGGUUCACCAAAUCUUGAGUAUCGUCAGUUCUUUCAUCAGCAUGGGAUGGGCAAUGGCAAGUUAUCAUCGCAGCAUUCGUUUAGCUCAAGACGACAAAGAAAAUAUCGGAUUCACCGGAUCGGUUCUCCAAUUUGUUUGGCAUUUACUUGUGACCAUUUCGAGAAUCGUGACCUUCACGACAGCAUUUAUGCUCUCAGUCGUGGGUAGCGGAUUUUUCUUCCUAAUUCACUGGAUGUUAAUGACCAGCUGGAUAAUCACCGAAAAUCACGGGACGACAGAAUUUUGUCGAAGUCAAAAACGCACUCCUCACGCUCCUCUGACGCUAAAAGAGCGUUUUUACUCGACCAGUUUCGCCUGUGUCCUGGGAAUGAUUUACACUUUUGUGUAUGUGAAUACUGAUGACAAUAGCACCUACUUCCGGUUCUUUUUUUACUACAGUUUAUGCAUAAUCGAGAAUGGAAUAGUUGUCGUUCUCUUUAUUUUGACGCCCUCGGUUCGAGCAAUUUGCUACUGUUAUCUUGGCUCGGGCUCCUGCUACCUUUGCGUUCUUCCACUAUUAUGUCUGCUUCCAUAUGUCCUGGGCGUUGCAACAAUGAUUGUUUAUUACCUCUACUUCCACCCCUCAAAACGGGAAAAGACUGUGAACCAAUCUUAGUUUGCAAAUUUAGGAAAAUAGAAGCUAAUGCGAAUCUCUGAGCGAAGGUUGUUCGAUUCUUGAAUCAUGAGAAUCUAUUUAAAAAAAUAGAUUUAUUAUUGUUUUUUUCUUUUUUUUUUUUUUGACUGAAAAAAAUCGAUUUCUAAUCGAACAUUCCUAGUCUGAGGACUGAACAUUCCUAGUUUAAAUGCACUGUAAAAAAAGCUUUGAUCCAUUUAAAAAUUCUUUAGUUGAAUUUUGGUGUGAAGUUUUUUUUUUUUUUGAAUGUUUUGGGUAGCAUUUGAAAUUAAUUAUUUAUUGUAUUCUUUUUUUUAUAUUAUACCCAAUAGUUCCAAGUGGCGCUCUUUUCGCCAGAGAUAAUUUUUUUUCUCCUUUAAUUGAAUAUUUCAACUUUUCUUACAGUGUAGGUAUAAUGCUCAAAUUUUUUAUUUUAUUUAAGAUGUACUUAAGAUUUUGGAUGUUAGGAUUAAGAUUUAUCACCUGCAUCUUUAUGAUGAUCUGUACAAGGAAAUCGAAUUUUAAGAUUCGAGACAGUAUUUUUGAGAUUUUUUUUUUAUAACUGAACAGUAAUGACUGAUUUUUCUAUAUUUUGUAACAGAUUUUUACGAUAUGGGUAUAACUUUUUACGCAUACAUAUCGGAUAAGGAAAUCGACGUGAUAAUAAAUAUUUGUCGACAA